AUGUCCGUUACCGAGCCUGACCAGCGACGCAGCUCCAUCCAGCUGCCUGGCCUGAUCGACACCAUCGAACAUCGGCUCUCCUUUGCAAACGACCCCGUCUACCCGCCCAACUACCCCAAGCGCAAGGAAUCGUGCUCCGAUGCCCUCGAUCCCAUGAUACCCUCGGCCGGCAACUACAUCCCGAUGCCGCCCAACAAACGACGAGGCUCUAUCUCGGAUCCAAAGCUCCACAAGCUUUCGUCGCCCUCGUCCGCCCCUCGGCCAUACGCCCCUCAUCUUUCCGACGACUACUCUGCCGGUGAUGUGCCCAACCUCGGCUACUAUCCGCGCCGGGACUCGAUCUCAUCCCUGGGCCUCUCGCCCCUCAACCCCGGCUCGCAUCCCUCGUCUGUCCCGGCGGUGAGAAUGCUGCCCUCGGCCGAGUCGUUCUCGCCCGCCGGCGACGCCGCCCACUCGGUCCCGUCCUCCCAGUCGCAGGGCCAUGCCCAUUCGCCUCCUCUGCAUCCUCCCGCUGUGCGAAUCCACCCUCCCUCCUCGCCACACCACCCGGGCUAUGAGCCCUCUCCGCAGCAUCGACGCUACUCGAUUGACUCGGGUGCCGCCGGUCUUGUGUCCUCCCACUCCCCGGCCGGUCUUCAUCCGCAUCCCGCCGCUGGGCCGUAUCCCCCAGCAUAUCACUCGUCGCCGGCCUAUCCUGCUCCCUACUCGUAUCCCUCGCCUCGGGCCCCGUCGUCGGCCAUGGAUCGUGUCUACAGCCAGCCCUCUGCCCACUCUCCCGGCCUGCCCAACGGUGCCGCCAAUCUGGUAUCGAUCGCUCCCCGGCGAGGCUCCUUUGUGGCCGGGCAUGGUGGAUCCGACAGCGAGAUGUACAAGCACGCCUCCGACUUGGCCGACCGUCACAGACGCGGAUCCAGCGGCGGCGCUGCAGCCGGCCCCGAGGACGAUAGCGAGGACCAAAACGACAACGAUAACGAUAACGACAACGAUAAUGACAACGACAACGAAAACGACGAGACCGAUAACCCCCGUAAUCCCGAGCUCAAGGUCUCCCACAAGCUUGCCGAGCGCAAGCGACGGAAAGAGCUCAAGAACCUAUUUGACGAGCUCAAGGCCACCCUCCCUUCGGACUUGUUUGCCAACCACAAGGCGAGCAAGUGGGAAGUCAUCAGCAAGUCUAUCAAGUAUAUCCGCGAGCUCGAGAAGAUCCAGGGAGAGUAUUCCAACGUCGUAAAGGAGCGCGACGAGCUCCUGAAGCAGCUCCAGGAAGCCAAAGCCAACCCCUAA